UCUUCUGGAUUCUGAUACGACGUCCAGACAUUGCCCUAACUGAGUUAGAGCCAGAGGCUUGUCACUUUGACGGCCCAUCAAACACUUUCUCUUCUCGGUUAACUGAUGCGUGUAGGGUUUUCUCCCGAGGUCGACAUUUUUCUUUUUCCCUUCUAGAAAACCCGAAGUCGUCGUAAACUCGUACAACAACGAUGUUGCAUAGCAAAUACCCAAGACCUUGUAACACCUUCUACGGUCAUCUAAGGGCAAUGUCUCUUGAUACAAAAUAGGCCUAGCUAUACCUCUUUCUUUCCGGAAGACCUGUUUUCUUCCCAGCGCAGAUGGAAAACACACACACGGUUUUGAAUAUAUCAAAGGGUGGUUGAGUCUAGGGUUGUUGUUAAUUCGACGACACUCGCCCGACAACAACCACAAGCGAUUCAUCCUGAGUGUAGAAUUAAAGUGUAUCCAAGUUUCAUUUUCAGGUGUCCAGUUGUUACAGCGCUGAGUGAUUAUUUAUCCAGAAAUCGACAAGAUAACCAUCGAAAAAUGUCGAAGAAUGAGUUAGCGGGGUGUGUGAACGAAUCUUUUCAAAUGAACGAAGUGAUUAUUAGCGAUCACCAACAAGUCACAAAUGAAUUGCCAACUGAAGAUUCGACUGCCGAGAAGAACAUUUCAAAGCCGAUCAAAGACUCUGUUGCCCCCGACGAAAAGGACAAGAAAGUGUUUCCAGCUGUCGCCAUCAGAAAUAAUCUCCAGUUAUUCGUCGAGAAUAUUGUCAAAAACAAAAAGGUUUCGUGUGGUCACGGAAAAACAAGUGAAGUUGACGUGGCCAGCAAAGAGUCCAAAGACGCUCAAUGCGAAAGGGGCGGAUGGAAAAACGAAUGGGACUUCCUGUUUUCUUGCAUCAGCGUGUCGGUGGGAUUGGGAAACAUUUGGCGCUUUCCUUAUCUGUGCUUCAAAAAUGGAGGCGGUACAUUUUUGGUCACCUACUUUGUCGCCAUGGUAGUUUGUGGAAUACCUAUUUUCUACCAGGAAGUUGCGAUUGGACAAUAUCUGGGAGUCGGAGGAAUGACACUAAUAGCUGAACUAGCACCUAUUAUGAAAGGUGUUGGAUACGCGACAAUGACGGUCACCUUUUUAGUCAACAUUUAUUACUCCGUCAUCGUGGCGUGGACCUUGUUCUAUUUCAUAGCUUCCUUUGCCGCUCUUCCAGGACUACCAUGGCAAUCUUGUGGAAAUUCGUGGAACACAAUCGACUGUUUCCAGCCAACGUCAAACGCAAGUGUUUUGCACAACGGUUCCGUUUCAGCAGUUGAGGAAUUUUGGAGUCGGCGUGUGCUGGCAAUCACCGACGGCAUAGAAAAUCCUGGAGGGAUGCGAUGGGAGCUAUUUGGAGUGCUCAUUCUAAGUUGGGUAAUGAUCUACUUCAUUAUAUGGAAAGGAAUUAACCAAAGUGGUUACAUCAUCUGGUUUACGGCCUUAUUCCCUUACGUCAUCCUGUCCGUGCUUGUCGUAAGAGCUGUCACUUUAGAUGGAGCCGGUGAUGGACUUCUCUACUACAUCACGCCGAAUUUUGAUCUCCUCCUAACAUCGGGGCCUUGGAUUGAUGGCGCUACGCAAAUAUUUUUCAGCUACAGCAUCGGAACAGGAGCUCUACCUGCCUUGGGCUCUUAUAAUAAAUUCAAGCACAACUGUUAUAGAGACGCCAUUAUUACAUGUGUGGUCAAUACCUUAACGUGUUUAAUAGCCGGAGUGGUUACGUUUUCAAUAUUGGGCAACAUUGCUUCUGCUACCGACUCGUCAAUCGAGUCUGUCGUUUCGUCUGGUCCUGGUCUUGUUUUCAUUACCUAUCCGGAAGUCGUUUUGCGACUUCCCGGAGCACCAUUCUGGGCCAUCAUUUUCUUUAUGAUGCUUGUAAUUCUAGGAAUCGACAGUGAAUUUUGUGUGGUCGAGGCCUUCGUUACCGGAAUCGUUGACAACUGGCCCAAUCAACUGAGGAAGUGCAGGAGGCUGUUUGUAGUUGCUACUAUAAUUGUCAUAUUUCUUCUCUCUUUACCAAUGAUAACUGAGGGAGGGGUGUACUUGUUUCAAAUUAUGGACUAUUAUUCAGCCAGUGGGAUGUCAAUGCUUUUUCUAGUGUUUUUUCAAACAAUUUCCAUCAACUGGAUAUUUGGUGGCAAUAAAUUUUGCGAUGCCGUCGAGCAAAUGCUCGGACAGAAACCAUCUCGAUUUUUGUACAUUUGCUGGGUCUUCCUGGCUCCCGCCGUCAUGCUGGGCAUCUUCGUGUUUUCCAUCGUUCAGUACACGCCAGUGACCUACGGUCUGGGUUACCAGUAUCCAACGUGGGCGGAAGCAUUAGGUAUUUGCAUAUCUCUGUCGUCGAUGCUCUGGAUACCGCUCUAUGCAGCUUACUACAUCUACAUCACACCGGGCACUUUGCGGGAGGUUUUAACCAAAGGAGUUACACCGAUUUUUAAAAUAAGGAGUGAAUUAUCAUCGCCAGUAAUUCAACAGACUAUUGCGGAUGUCCAAGGGUCCCAGCCGGACUCGUCAUUAGUGACAGUCAGCAGUGAUUUGCAUGGCAUGAAUCAUCGUGAAUCAGCUGUGGUGAUGGUCAGUUUCGAUAUUGACAACAGUAAAAUGGAAAUUAACGAGUAAACUAAAUUGUAGGGAGAUGGCUUUAUUUUUAUUAAAACAGAUUUCAUUAAAUUAUCGUUAUAACAGAUUAUAAACGAAACGGAAUAGUACAUGCCGCUUCAAUAAACAGUGUCAAUGUCGAUUAAUAUCUCCACAUUCACUAGCAGAUUUCCUUUUUUAUCUCCGUUUCCAAACUGAAAUUAGAUUUUAACUAUUCCAUGAUGUUAAAUCACGAACACCUAGCAACGGAUGUCAACAUACGAAUUACAACGCGAAGCUGAAUAUUUCCUUUUUUCAAUAAAGAAAUGCAGCUAGUCUUUCAUUUGCAUUUGGUACGUUAGUAAAUCUAACGGGACAAAAGAGGAGUGGCACUUAUGCAUCGAUCAUUCGACCGUUGACCUACAUAUCCGUAUCUCGUCUGGAUUCAAAAUUGUAAUUGCUGUUGGGCGUUACAAUGUACUAGUAGCCUAGCAUCAACUGUACAGCAGUAGCCUAUAUGCACGUCAAAUUAGAAAUUAUUUGAACUCUAAAUGUCAAAUCAGAUCACAUUAGACGUCGUGUUCAUUCUUACCGCCAACCUGUUUUAUUCCAAUUCAACUGCGUAGUCCGCCUGCUGUUACAGGCUGAUGCGCUGUUUCCGCUUGAAAACUUCUCGAACGUUAGUUUUUUAAAUACGCGAUUACUUAUUCAUACCGUGACCUUAGACGAAAAUCUUUUUUUUUUUACCUACCAAAAGCUGACCGAACGGGAUACACAAGUAAUCCCCCGCAAGGGCCAAAAAAACCGCGGGGUUUUCAAUUGAAUUCCAGACUAUCUUCUGGCUGACUACUUCUGAAGAACACACAUUCCGAUUUUUGUGCUUGGGCAUUCCUUAUUUUAUCCAGUCGUUCCAUCACGAAACGGUGUUAUUCGACUUUGGUGAAAAGCUUUUCGCUGGGGGUGUGUUGUUAUUCACCUGCCAACCUUGCGACAGGAUGGAGGCUUCUCGGCAGUGCUGCUCUUUCGGCUCAUUGAAACUAUUUUGGAUUCUAGCCGUUGUACUCACCACCGGAUUAUCUUUUGAAUUUCCGCGCCAGGGACGUCAAAGAGUCGAGUUUAUUGCCAGAACAGUGACGGUCGCCGUGACGGAAGUAGCAUUUGAGACUAUACCCACUUUGUGCAUUUCUCUAAUCAACGCGACGAGACCGUGCGUCGGAAGACAGGCCCAAUGGGAACGUAUUCCAGCAGCCGAUUUGGCGGAAGCCAACGUCCAACCCACAGUUGUGCAAUCAUUGGAGACGACGGCUGGACCAGCUAUGGCUCGAUUAAACGAUAGAGAUUUGGAGAUACUCAAGUUGGACGACCGGCUAUUGCACUCGUCUCUGAAGGAAGCGCCAGAAGAAAGUGGUCGGCAGCAGUCGUCUGGGUUCCUCUAUCGAUUCACGAACCGCUUCAGUAACGCCCUUGGCCUGGCUCGAACUAUUGUGAGUACCGUAACAGAAACCAGAACGAUGACAACCACUUACACGGAAUCGGCCGGCUACAAUCACUUUUAUAUCAGCGACUGCAUCCCACCUACAUUAUACUAUCCCAUCUGCAAGAACGAACUAAUAAGCGAAACCGAAACAGAUUACUAAGCUAAUAAUUUUAUUCAAAAACCAAAAACUCCAUUAUUAUUUUUUUUUCGCCGGUCACGACGUCUAGUAAUGUCAAACACUCAAAUGUUAUUAUUUUAGAAUAAAAUAUUUAAAUGCA